AUGAGGCGCAGCCUGAGGAAGAUGCUGAGCCCUGGGUGUAAGCAGGAGCCCCAGGGCGCAGUCUACCAGGGCGUGGAGAACGGCAUGGACGGCCGCAAGGACUCGCUGAAGGUGGUUUUUGAAGGAAGUACAUGUAGAUUUAACUUGAAGAAACGAAAGAAGUUAAGCAAAUAUGAUGAUGUGAACGCAUCCCCUUUGCACCAUGCUGCAGAAGAAGGUCAAGUGCAGCUGAUGGGGAUGAUCAUCAAUGACUCCUCUUUUGAAGUGCUGAAUGUGAUGGAUGAUUAUGGAAAUACCCCUCUGCACUGGGCCACAGAAAAAAACCAAGUUGAAAGUGUUAAGUUUCUUCUUAGCAAAGGAGCCAACCCAAACCUCCGAAACAGCAACAUGUUGGCUCCUCUUCACAUCGCUGUGCAGGGCUUACACAAUGAGGUGAUGAAGGUCUUGACUGAGCACAACAACACUAAUAUUAAUUUGGAAGGAGAAAAUGGAAACACAGCUGUGAUAAUCGCAUGCGCCAAAGAUAAUAGUGAAGCACUGCAAAUCUUGUUAAAUAAAGGAGCUAAGCCAUGUAAGGCAAAUAAAUGGGGAUGUUUCCCUAUUCAUCAGGCUGCAUUCUCAGGUGCCAAAAAAUGCAUGGAAAUAAUAUUAAAGUUUGGUGAGGAACAUGGAUAUAGCAGAGAGUCUCAUAUUAACUUUGUGAAUAAUGCAAAAGCUAGUCCCCUCCACAUGGCGGUUCAAAGUGGUGACUUGGAAAUGAUUAAAAUGUGCUUGGACAAUGGCGCACAGUUGGAUCUGAUGGAAAAUGGGAAGUGCACACCCCUUCACUUUGCUGCCACCCAGGGAGCCACUGAGAUUGUUAAAUUGAUGAUAUCUUCCUAUUCUGGUAGCAGUGAUAUCGUCAAUGCAGUGGAUGGAAAUCAGGAGACACUCCUUCACAGAGCCUCAUUAUUUGAUCACCAUGAACUGGCAGACUACUUAAUUUCAGUGGGAGCAGAUAUCAAUAGCACUGAUUCGGAAGGACGUUCUCCACUCAUAUUAGCAACUGCUUCUGCAUCUUGGAAUACUGUAAAUUUGCUACUGUCUAAAGGUGCCCAUGUAGACAUAAAAGAUCAUCUUGGAUGUAAUUUUUUGCAUUUGACUGUACAGCAACCUCAUGGAUUAAAAAAUCUGCAACCUGAGUUUAUGCAGAUGCAACAUAUUAAAAAGCUGGUAAUGGAUGAAGAUGAUGACGGGUGUACUCCUCUACAUUAUGCAUGUAGACACGGGAUUCCUGUCUCUGUAGAUAACCUCCUUGACUUUAACGUGUCCAUUCAUUCCAAAAGCAAAGAUAAGAAAUCACCCUUACAUUUUGCAGCCAGUUACGGGCGUAUCAACACCUGUCAGAGGCUUCUGCAAGAUAUGAAUGACACGAGGCUUUUGAAUGAAGGUGACCUCCAUGGAAUGACGCCUUUGCACCUGGCUGCAAAAAAUGGGCAUGAUAAGGUAGUUCAACUUCUUCUGAAAAAAGGUGCAUUAUUUCUCAGUGACCACAGUGGCUGGACUGCUUUGCAUCAUGCUUCCUUGGGCGGGUACACUCAGACCAUGAAGGUCAUUCUUGACACUAACAUGAAGUGCACAGAUCAGCUAGAUGAAGAAGGGAACACUGCACUGCACUUUGCUGCAAGGGAAGGCCAUGCCAAAGCCGUCGCACUUCUUUUGAGUUAUGAUGCUGACAUCGUCCUGAACAAGCAGCAGGCCUCCUUUUUGCAUGUUGCAAUUCACAAUAAGAGGAAGGACGUGGUUCUUACGACCAUCAAGAACAAAAGAUGGGAAGAAUGCCUUAAGGUUUUUAGUCAUUAUUCUCCAAGCAAUAAAUGUCCAGUUAUGGAAAUGGUAGAAUACCUCCCUGAAUGCAUGAAGGUCCUUUUAGAUUGUUGCAUGAUGCCCUCCAAAAGAGACAAGUCCUGCCAAGACUAUUAUAUUGAGUAUAAUUUCAGGUAUCUUCAGUGUCCAUUAGAAUUUACCAAGAAAGUAACACCUGCACAGGAUGUUACAUAUGAGCCUCUUACAACCCUCAACGCAAUGGUACAACAUAACCGCAUAGAGCUUCUCAAUCAUCCUGUAUGUAAAGAAUAUUUACUUAUGAAAUGGUUGGCUUAUGGGUUUAGAGCCCAUAUGAUGAACCUAGGAUCUUACUGUCUUGGUCUCCUGCCUAUGACCUUUCUUGUUGUCAGUAUAAAGCCAGGUAUGGCUUUCAACUCAACUGGAAUCAUCAAUGAAACUAGUGAUCAUUCAGAAAUAUUAGACACCAAGAAUUCCUAUUCUAUAAAAGUUUGCAUGAUUUUAGUUUUUUUAUCAAGUAUAUUUGGAUAUUGCAAAGAAGUGGUCCAAAUUUUCCAACAGAAAAGGAAUUACAUCUUGGAUAAUGCCAAUGGAGCUGAAUGGAUUAUCUACACAACAAGUAUCAUUUUUGUGUCACCCUUAUUCAUUGGUAUACCAGCUUAUGUGCAGUGGCAAUGUGGAGCGAUUGCUAUAUACUUCUACUGGAUGAACUUCUUACUGUAUCUCCAAAGAUUUGAAAAUUGUGGAAUUUUCAUCGUUAUGUUGGAGGUAAUUAUGAAAACUCUGUUGAGGUCUACAGUCGUGUUUGUCUUUCUACUUUUGGCUUUUGGCCUCAGUUUCUACGUCCUCCUGAGUAUACAGGAUGCUUUCAGCUCUCCAUUGCUUUCUAUAAUCCAGACCUUCAGCAUGAUGCUAGGAGAUAUUAAUUACCGUGAUGCCUUCCUAGAACCAUUUUUGAGAAAUGAAUUGGUAUAUCCAGUUCUGUCUUUUGCACAGCUUAUUGCCUUCACAAUGUUUGUCCCAAUUGUGCUCAUGAAUUUACUUAUUGGGUUGGCAGUUGGUGACAUUGCAGAAGUCCAGAAGCACGCAUUGUUGAAGAGGAUUGCUAUGCAGGUGGAACUUCAUACCAGCUUAGAGAAGAAGCUGCCACUGUGGUUCCUACGCAAAGUAGAUCAGAAAUCCAUCAUCGUGUAUCCCAACAGACCCAGAUGUACAGGGUUAUUAGCUAUAUUUCAUUUUAUUUUUUAUGCCCAAGAAGAAAGGCAGGAAAUUCCAAAUGUUGACACAUCUCUGGAAACAGAAAUAUUGAAGCAGAAAUAUCGGCUGAAGGAUCUCACUUCUCUUGUGGAGAAACAGCAUGAGCUUAUUAAACUCAUCAUUCAGAAGAUGGAAAUCAUCUCUGAGACAGAGGAUGAAGACAACCAUCAUUCUUUUCAAGACAGGUUUAAAAAAGAGCAGUUAGAACAAAGGAAUAGCAAAUGGAAUUCUGUGUUGAAAGCAGUAAAGGCAAAAACACACUGCCCUUAG